GCUACUAUUAUAACCCCGAAGCAGCAAGAAACCCAGAUCUCUUAUACCGAAAACUCUCUCUUCCUUGGUUUCCUUUCUUGUUCUUGACAUCUUGCUUGUGGGUUUUUUUUAUUGGGAAUUCUGGUUUUGUUUUGUUGUUGUUGGAUGAUACACACACACACACACUAUACUUCGUAGUAAGUUGCUGAGCUAAGCAAGAUGGAACUUCAACUUGGUCUCGGUCUCCCAAGUGAGAAAACAAUGAAGGGUUUAGACCUAAACAGCUAUGUUUCUGAGCCUAAAGGGUUGCUGGGCUCGGGACAACUUCAACUGGGUCAAUAUUCAUGGUUUUCUACGAAAGCUAAUGACAAGAAACGGAGUUUUAUUGAUGCCUUUGAAGAGAGCUCAGGAAAUGAAGAUGGGCCUCAAACGUUACCUCUCUUGGUUUGGAAUAACCAGCCAAACGACGAAGAUGAUUUCCCUAAAGAUCUCGAAAACCAUAGUAGCAACUCUUGUGCCUCCAACAAAAGUGAUGGGGAAAGUGAUGGAAUAGUGGGGUGGCCACCAAUAAAGUUCAAGAAGAAGAGGCUUAGUCGUCAAAGCAGCAGGGCGCUAGAGAUCAAUCGGGCAGUGGACAAUUGUUGUGAAGAUUGCCAAGCUAGAACAUCAAAGUAUAUGUACAUUAAGGUCAAGAUGGAGGGAGUAGGAAUAGCAAGGAAAAUUGAUGUUAGCCUCCACCAUUCUUUUCCAACACUCAAGCAGACCUUGCUUGACAUGUUUGGGAUAUGCCAGGAAAAUUCAAGCGACUACAGACUGACUUACCAGGAUAGAGAAGGUGACUGGCUACUAGCUGAAGAUGUACCUUGGAGGAACUUUCUUGGGACAGUCCAACGACUAAAAUUGAUGAGGAGAAGCAGCUGAUUAGCUUUUUUUUCUACCUUCGCUUUGAAUUUUGAAUCAAUUGACUAUGUAUUAUGUAAUUAAUUAGCAGUAAGAAGAACCUAAUUAACUUUAUGACUUUUUGGAUUAAAAUAGAAGAAACACAUAUUAUGGGUUUCUUUUGUUCA